AUGGUGAUGAAUCUUCAGAAUGUGCUUCAGUUUACUAUUGGAAUAUUCACUUCCUGUCAACAUUUUCUGCUGCCGUUCUCUUAUUUAUCUUUUCGCCUUUCAUUGAUUUCGUCGCCAUCAUCAGCAUCAUUAUCAUCACCAAUGAUAUUACAUCAAAAAUUCACAAAUUUCCUUCAUAUAUCCAAACGAUUCUACUUUCAAAGUUCAAUCAAUGCUAUCACUAUCAAUGCUACAAAUCGACAUCAAUCAUGCCUGUUUGUAAAGCGUUUACAAUAUCCAUCAUCAUCAUCAUCUAUUCACCAGUCAGUUAGAAUGACAACCAAUCACUCGAUACAAUCACUAAAUAUCACAAAACAAUGCAACAAUACUGAUAAUCAUAUAAUUUGUAAAAAUAUCAAAAUAAUUGGUUGGGUUCAAUCAGUUAGAAAGCAUAAAUCUCGUGUAUUUUGUAAUAUCUCAGACGGAACAUCACCUUAUGACUUACAGGUUGUAAUGACGCCUAGUCAAAUUACUGAAAACAUCAAUAUCGGUUGUGCUGUAUCCGUUGAAGGCGACAUACACACUAUUCCAAAUAAUUCCCGUAAAUCCAAAUCAAUUGGCACUAAAACUAAUAUUCAAUGCUGGGGUGAAUUACACGCUAAAACUGUGACUAUUCUUGACAAUGUCACAAAAUCGUCUGAGAAUGAUCACUCAUCUUCUAUUUGUCAACACCGUCAUGAAUCUCCAGAUCUCUCAUCCUCCACCUCCUCUUCGUCUUCUUCUACCACUACUACUCCUGCUGCUACUACAGAAGUAAAUCAGGGGAUAAGUUCAGUUGGUCGGCAUAGUCCACGACCUGAUUUAGGCGUUCUACGCUCAAUUGAAGGAUUAUCUAAACGGCACAGGCUACCAGAAUUCUCUGCAAUGCUUAGAAUGCGUGCACGUAUUAAACAAGCAAUUCGUAAAGUGAUGCAUUCCUGCAAUUAUUUAGAGGUCGAUACUCCAAUUCUUACAACAACAGACUGUGAAGGUGCUGGUCAAAUGUUCACUGUUCAAUCCCCUGCAUCCAAUGAAACCAAUGAUGUGAUGAAUAAAUCGAAUGUAUUUUUAACUGGUAGCGCUCAAAUGCAUUUAGAGUCCCUGGUUUUAGGAUUAAGUAAGGUGUAUACACUGAAUCCAACAUUUCGUGCUGAAAAUUCGCAUACAAGACAUCAUCUUGCCGAGUUUUAUAUGCUUGAAGCAGAAUCAAUUCAUUUGGAUAAUAUUGAUUCACUGUGCUCAGAGAUUGAAAAAAUUCUUAAAAUGAUAUUAAAUGAAUGCUUAGACAUUUAUCCUACUCUAGUUGAGUCUAGUGAAUUAACUGAUACACAGCAUGAUUUGUUACUCAUUCAAACAUUACUCGGAAGACAACCUGAAGUAGCUGGAGACCACCACCAUCAUCUUCGUGAUUCUGAUUGGUUCAUCAACUCGGCAAUAAACUUCGGCCAGACAAUAAAAUCAAUUCUUUGCAAACCAUUCCCUCGUGUUACAUACAAUGAAGUCAUAAAGUAUUUAAACAAACAAGUUAGCGGCACUGAAGAACCGUAUGAUUUAAACAAAAGUGAUGAACAAAAAGUACUCGAUUGGUUCGGUGGAGAUCAACCGGUUUUCAUAACACACUUUCCUGCACAACUGAAACCAUUCUAUUGUCAGCUGACUGAUGACAAAGCUGAGGGUGGUGGUAGUAUUACAGCUGAAUGUACUGACUUGUUAUUUCCGGGAAUUGGUGAACUUGUCGGUGGAAGUGUUCGUGAAUCCUCUGCGAGUGUAUUACAGACACGUAUUAAGGCGCUGAAUACUAAUCAUUGUAGAGAUAAAUUGCACUGGUAUAUUGAUUUACGUAAUACUACUGGUAGUGUACCACACGGGGGUUUCGGUCUUGGCUUUGAACGUCUUCUACAAUAUCUACUGGGGAUAAUCAAUAUACGAGACACAAUUGCAUUUCCGAGAAAUACUCAUAAAAUUAUUUUGUAGAAAAAAAAUAUAUGUAUAAAU